CGUCAGUCUAUUACAAAUAGACCGUCCUCAGAUUUUUUUUGCGUCAAACAAGUGUCAGUCCAGUUAAGCUCUUUGUUUGUUUGUUUCUCUUUUUUCAUAAACAGUGAUUUCAAAGUGAUGUGUUGUACCGCCAUAUUCGUUGUGAUAUUUUGCACAUUUUCAGCGUAAUUAAAUCAUAGGCGUAUUGAUACACUUUCCUCUCGUAGACAAAGAAAGUUAAAUUCGUCUCACAGUCCGAGAUAAUUUCGUUUUAAUCAUUGACGUGGAUUAAAUCAUCUGGGAAUUGUAUCACGUGUUUUAGGACGAUCGCAUUAAAUGCAUCCAUCAUAUCACAAAACGUUCAAAGUUGCAUUUUCUUUGCACACGUCUCUCCCCACUUCAAUCCGAUGGGCGAUUCCAUCGACUAACAACAUUAGAAGACCAGUAAGCGUUAGGCAGUCACAAUUCACGGGUAAAUGAAUCGAAAUGUUUCUAUGAACUUCGAUGAAGUAACUCAACUCUGUGUUAAGUGACAUAUCUGUAUAUGAAGUGAUCAGAGAUAAGUCCUUAGCGUAAGUGAGGAAAAGUCUUCAAGUUAACACUGGAGUAUGCGACCUUGGAAUGCAAUCCGAAGACAAUGCUACCACCAUCGGAAUACUAACACCAGGCCGCUAGGAGUCAUCUGCGUCACUUCUCUUUCGACAUCGACAGCGGGAUAGAAUUAUGGUCUACGUAAUGGUGAAACGAAGCUGAUGUCGCGAUGUCUUCGUCCCACGAGAAAACGAAUCAGCCAAAGAACUUCCCGAAGACGAGGCGCCUAUUCACAACCUGGUGGCUUCUGUACCUGUUCGACGCUCAAGUUUUGGCCGGUUUCAACGAUUCGAGAGCGAGAAACAACUUAGUGGAGACCGUCGAAUAUCUGGACGACCGAGUCACCUUCUUCCUGGGCUACAGUAACGAUCCCUGGGGAACAUCCUCGAAGCGGCUGGAAGCGGAGAGUCAGUUGCUGCAGGCGCCUGAGGAAGAGCCGGGGCAGGGCUCCAAGCGCCGGAAGAGAGGCGUGCUACACCUGUACAACAUGGUCCUGUGCGCCACAGGUUGCGACCCUCUGGCCUUCAAGGGCUACGGCUGUUACUGCGGCUUCCUUGGCUCCGGGUACACCGUCGACGGCAUCGACAGGUGCUGCAAGAUGCACGACCGCUGCUACAACACCGCGCGCUGUCCGAUGUACCUGGAGUACUUCGUGCCCUAUCUCUGGAAGUGCUACAGGAGGCGCCCCCUCUGCGCAAUUGAACAAGACAGAUGGAGUGAGUGGGGCAUAUGUGCACAGAGGCUGUGUGAGUGUGACCGUCAACUGGCCGAGUGCCUGCGCAGAUAUCCUUGUCCCAGAACAAAGGCCGUUUGCACCUCUUCACCCUGGAGACUGCUGCAGAAUGUGUUCAUGCUCUGAGUGAACUGUAUCAGGGAUUGAGCAGAGGUGAAAGCAUGCUAU